GAUGGUGUCGGUGAGCGCGUUUCCCGCCUGAGCGCAACUAGCGGCGGGUCGUGGGCACCUCCAGGUCAUGUUGCAGAAAGGCAGCAAGUGGGAAAAGGACUCCACGUCUCCAGCCACUGAAAUGUGCCUUCAGUAGCUAGUGUCUGAUGCCCAGUUAGUGGUGGUGGUGGUUCUCUUCACCUUGGAGUUAGAUUGCCUGGAUUCAGAUCUGGGUUUGACCGCUUUCUAGCUGUGACAUUAUUGGGCAAGUUACUCAACCUUUCUUCUUCCUCUGUAAUAAGGGAAUAGUAAUAGUGUCUACCCGGAGAGCUUCUGUUUCAUAUCCAUAUCCCACUUUAUUCCUGCUAAUCUGCUAAUGCAGUAAAUUUGAAGAAAACUAUUGCCAGGAUUACCUGUAAUGGGCAAGGAGCCACAGAGAAGAGAACAUUUCUUUUAAUUUUUGAACUUGGUUUGAAAGACCAGCAUGUUUUGGAAAUUUGAUCUUCACUCAUCAUCCCACAUAGACACACUUCUAGAAAGAGAAGAUGUAACACUGAAGGAGUUAAUGGAUGAGGAAGAUGUUUUACAGGAAUGUAAAGCUCAGAACCGCAAACUUAUAGAGUUUCUGUUAAAAGCAGAAUGUCUCGAAGAUUUAGUCUCAUUCAUUAUAGAAGAACCACCUCAAGACAUGGAUGAAAAGAUCAAAUACAAGUAUCCAAAUAUAUCUUGUGAGUUGCUCACAUCCGAUGUCUCCCAGAUGAACGAUAGACUGGGAGAAGAUGAAUCCUUGCUAAUGAAAUUAUAUAGCUUCCUCCUAAACGAUUCCCCCUUGAACCCACUACUUGCCAGUUUCUUCAGCAAGGUGCUAAGUAUUCUUAUCAGCAGAAAACCAGAACAGAUUGUGGAUUUCUUAAAGAAGAAACGUGAUUUUGUAGACCUUAUUAUAAAGCAUAUAGGAACUUCUGCUAUCAUGGAUUUGUUGCUGAGGCUCCUGACAUGUAUUGAGCCUCCACAGCCCAGGCAAGAUGUGCUGAAUUGGUUAAAUGAGGAGAAAAUUAUCCAGAGGCUUGUGGAAAUAGUUCAUCCAUCGCAAGAAGAAGAUCGACAUUCAAAUGCAUCACAGUCACUUUGUGAAAUUGUUCGCCUGAGCAGAGACCAGAUGUUACAAAUUCAGAACAGUACAGAACCAGAUCCCCUGCUUGCCACUCUAGAAAAGCAAGAAAUUAUAGAACAGCUUCUAUCAAAUAUUUUCCACAAGGAGAAAAAUGAAUCAGCCAUAGUCAGUGCAAUCCAGAUAUUGCUGACUUUACUUGAGACACGACGGCCAACAUUUGAAGGCCAUAUAGAGAUCUGCCCACCAGGCAUGAGUCAUUCAGCUUGUUCGGUCAACAAGAGUGUUCUAGAAGCCAUCAGAGGAAGACUUGGAUCUUUCCAUGAACUCCUGCUUGAGCCACCUAAGAAAAGUGUGAUGAAGACUACAUGGGGUGUACUCGAUCCUCCUGUGGGGAAUACCCGGUUGAAUGUAAUUAGGUUGAUAUCCAGCCUGCUUCAAACCAAUACCAGCAGUAUAAAUGGGGACCUUAUGGAGCUGAAUAGCAUUGGAGUCAUAUUGGACAUGUUCUUCAAAUACACAUGGAAUAACUUUUUGCAUACUCAAGUGGAAAUUUGUAUUGCAUUGAUUCUUGCAAGUCCUUUUGAAAACACAGAAAAUGGCACAAUUACUGAUCAAGACUCCACUGGUGACAAUUUGUUAUUGAAACAUCUUUUUCAAAAAUGUCAGUUAAUAGAACGAAUACUUGAAGCCUGGGAAAUGAACGAGAAGAAGCAGGCUGAGGGAGGAAGACGGCAUGGUUACAUGGGACACCUAACAAGGAUAGCUAACUGUAUCGUGCACAGUACUGAUAAGGGCCCCAACAGUGCAUUAGUACAGCAACUUAUCAAAGAUCUUCCCGACGAAGUCAGGGAGCGAUGGGAGACGUUCUGCACAAGCUCCUUAGGAGAAACUAACAAGAGGAACACGGUAGAUCUAGUUACAACCUGCCAUAUUCAUUCAUCCAGUGAUGAUGAAAUUGACUUUAAAGAAACGGGUUUCUCACAGGAUUCUUCUUUGCAGCAAGCCUUUUCUGAUUAUCAGAUGCAACAAAUGACGUCCAAUUUUAUUGACCAGUUUGGCUUCAACGAUGAGAAGUUUGCAGAUCAAGAUGACAUUGGCAAUGUUUCUUUUGAUCGGGUAUCAGACAUCAACUUUACUCUCAAUACAAAUGAAAGUGGAAAUAUUGCCUUGUUUGAGGCAUGUUGUAAGGAAAGAAUACAGCAGUUUGAUGAUGGUGGCUCUGAUGAGGAAGAUAUCUGGGAGGAAAAGCACAUUGCAUUUACACCAGAAUCCCAAAGACGAUCCAGCUCGGGUAGUACAGACAGUGAAGAAAGUACAGACUCUGAAGAAGAAGAUGGAGCAAAACAAGACUUGUUUGAAUCCAGUAGUGCCAACACAGAGGAUAAAAUGGAGGUAGAUUUGAAUGAACCACCCAACUGGUCAGCCAACUUUGACGUCCCAAUGGAGACAACCCACGGUGCUCCGUUAGACUCUGUGGGGUCUGACGUCUGGAGCACAGAGGAGCCAAUGCCAACUAAAGAGACAGGCUGGGCUUCUUUUUCAGAGUUCACAUCUUCCCUGAGUACAAAAGAUUCUUUGAGGAGUAAUUCUCCAGUGGAAAUGGAAACCAGCACUGAGCCUAUGGACCCCCUGACUCCCAGUGUUGCUUCACUGGUGGCACAGCCAGAAGCACCAAGCAGUGUGGCCAUGGAAGCCAGCUCUGAUGGAGAGGAGGACGCAGAAAGUCCAGACAAGGUAACUGAGACAGUGAUGAACGGCAGCAUGAAGGAAACGCUCAGCCUCACUGUAGAUGCCAAGACAGAGACCGCGGUCUUCAAAAGUGAGGAAGGCAAACUCUCUACCUCUCAAGAUGCUGCUUGUAAAGACGUGGGAGAGACCCCUGAGACGGCAGAGGUGAAGUGUGCAGUACCCCGGCCCCCCAGCAGUAGUCCAGAGCAGAGGACUGACCAGCCAAGUGUGCCAAGUGACACAUCAGUUAAUGGCCCUGUAUGAUAAGUGAUGUCUGCUGCUGCUGACUGAGGACUGCAGACUGCCACCAUUCAGGGGCUCUGGAGGGGUCACCUGGAGCCCACCAAGCCGUCACUGCUGCACUCACUCUGCAAGAGAUCAGGACCAGCAACCUUUAUAUACUAGAUUCUAAGACGUUGUACAGAGAAGUUCAGACGUGUACAAAUAUUGCACAUUGACAAAUACCAAGAAUUUUUGCGUAUGUUUAUAUUGUAUUGUUCUAAAUAAUGGGUAGCCUGUGAAAUAAGAUCUUGCCACCCAUGUAAUAAUAGUAGUAAUACUAUAGGUAAAAUGGCUGUAAGAAUAGUUUUAUAAAAGUGAAUACACAGAUCUAUUGUAUUUGAAACAUAACUAUUUGACAAUUAUUAGUGUGACCAAAGUAUUAGGCAGUUUUCAUACAUUUUUCACCUUGUACAAAAUUCUGAAUUCAUUUUUCUUCCAGGUUGGCAAGGAACUGUAGAAUUGAAAUGCCCUCUAAGUGUUAUUUUGGUGGUUCUAACUUACAAAAGUGAUUUUGAAUAAGGAAUAUUUAGUGUUCUUUUUAUAACCAGUUUUUGAUUGAUAAUUGUUUUCUGUAUUGUUUAAAACGGAUCAAAAAUGUAAGUCUAUUGGUAGAGAUUAAGUAUUUAUUGCUACAACUUAGUUGAUAAAUUGUCAUUAUUGUAAAGCCAUAUGUUCUGUUAAAGUCUUGUUUGCUUGAAAUGAUUAUUCCUACAGGUGAAACACUAGAAUAUUUGGAGUGUAUAUGGCUUGUGGUUUGGGUUUUUUAUUGGUUUUUCUUUUUGUUUUUUUUGUUUUGUUUUGGUAGUUCAUCUGCCUUUUAACCCAUUCACCAAAAAAUUUACCUUGUUAACAAGCAUCACCAAUGAACAUUUCAGAGCAAUCUGCAUAUUUAACAUACCUAAAUCGUAUUAGGCAAGUCAGAUGAAAAAUGCUCGUGCUGCUAAUGGAAUUAGAGUGCGUUCAUUUUACAGGCUAGUAUUUUAAAAGUAGAAAUCAAAAUCUGGCACCUAGGCAUGUUAACUGUUUUACUGUACCUUGUGAGGUUUUCACUCGUAAAUUCUAAACCAGUGUAUUUUUUUAGAACUGGUUUGUGUAUAUAUAUAGUGAUUAUGGAUACUAAUUCAAUGUAAUUUAUAAUUUUCUAUGUCAAUAUAAAAAUACAUCACAGCCUUCUCAAACAGCUGAAGCAAUAUAUUGUAUAUUGCCAUAUCGUCUGGUGAAAGGGUUAAAUUACUUCACCUCUUGCACUUUUAGAUGCAAAUCAGUUUUUCAUUUCUGUAAUAGAAAAUUAUUCACGUAUUUUUACAUCAUUUGUUUUUCCUGACCAGUAUUUAAAACCAAAAGGAUAUUCUGAAAAAUGGCCAACAAUUUUUUUAGAAAUAGCAUCCCAAGCAGCGUGCCUAAACAUUACAUUGCAUAUGGAAAUAAAAGAAUCAAAUGUCUAA